AUGCUCUCCAAACUAGCGAGCCAGGUUGGACGCACUGCUGCCCGACAUUUGGCCACCACCUCUGUCGCCACCCAGAAGGCUGGAGCAGCUGAAGUCGCCACUCUUUUGGAAGAGCGCAUCACUGGUGCCUCUGCCACCUCGGACCUCCAGGAGACCGGUCAGGUCUUGGCUAUUGGUGACGGUAUUGCCCGAGUCCAUGGUCUCCGAAACAUCCAGGCCGAGGAGAUGGUUGAGUUCUCCUCCGGUGUCAAGGGUAUGGCCUUGAACUUGGAGCGAGACAACGUUGGUAUUGUCGUCUUCGGUAACGAUCGACUUAUCAAGGAAGGUGACACCGUCAAGCGAACCGGUGCUAUCGUCGAUGUCCCCGUCGGACCCGAACUCCUUGGCCGAACUGUCGAUGCCCUCGGAAACCCCCUCGAUGGUCUUGGACCCAUCGACACCAAGCUCCGACGAAAGGUCGAUCUUAAGGCUCCCGGUAUCAUUGCCCGAAAGUCUGUCCACGAACCUAUGCAGACUGGUCUUAAGGCCAUCGAUUCCCUUGUCCCCAUCGGUCGAGGUCAGCGAGAGUUGAUCAUUGGUGAUCGACAGACCGGUAAGACUGCCGUCGCUCUUGACACCAUGUUGAACCAGUCCCGAUUCAACCAGGGUGAUGACGAGACCAAGAAGCUUUACUGCAUCUACGUCGCCGUCGGCCAGAAACAGUCCACUGUUUCCCAGCUCGUUGCUCGACUUGAGGCUGCUGGUGCCCUCCAGUACUCCAUCAUCGUCAUUGCCACCGCUGCCUACGCCGCUCCUCUUCAGUACCUCGCUCCCUACUCCGGUUGCUCCAUGGGUGAAUGGUUCCGAGAUAACGGCCGACACGCUGUCAUCUUCUUCGACGAUUUGUCCAAGCAGGCUGUUGCCUACCGACAGAUGUCUCUCCUUCUCCGACGACCUCCAGGACGAGAAGCCUACCCCGGUGAUGUCUUCUACCUCCACUCUCGACUCCUCGAACGAGCUGCCAAGAUGUCCGAUGCCACUGGUGCUGGUUCCCUCACCGCCCUCCCCGUCAUCGAGACCCAGGCUGGUGAUGUCUCCGCCUACAUCCCAACCAACGUUAUUUCCAUUACUGACGGACAGAUCUUCUUGGAGAACGAACUUUUCCUCAAGGGUAUCCGACCCGCCAUCAACGUCGGUCUUUCCGUCUCCCGAGUCGGUUCCGCCGCCCAGAUGAAGGCCAUGAAGCAGGUCUCUGGUACCAUGAAGCUCGAUCUCGCCCAGUUCCGAGAAGUCGCUGCCUUCGCUCAGUUCGGUUCCGAUAUGGAUGCCGCCACCCAGCAGCAGCUCGCCCGAGGUACUCGACUCACUGAGCUCCUCAAGCAGAACCAGUACGAACCAAUGGACGUCGCCACCCAGGUCUGCGUCAUCUACACCGGUGUCCGAGGUCACCUCGAUGUCAUCAAGCCCGAGCAGGUCACUGACUUCGAAGCCAAGUUCGUCGACCACCUCCGAUCCGCCCAGACUGAUCUCCUCAACGGCAUCUCUAAGGAGGGUGUCCUCACCGAGGCUCUCGAAGAGAAGCUCAAGGGCGUCAUUGCUGACUUCAUCGCCACCUACACCGCUUAA